UCAAAAAUAACAGAAUUUCUAUUGAAAUAUUGUCAAUAUGAUGAUUGUGAAUUAUUACCCGAAUAUCGAAAUUAUUUGAUAAAAUUUUAUCGAAAAUCACAUUUUAUUGCAAAUAUUUCAUAUAAAAUUUUUUCCAUUGGAAUAACUGUUAUUUAUUUUGUUGCAGAUGUUUUCGUUUUUUAUCUAUAUCAAUGUGAACAAAUCAAUUUGAUUAAAUUAAUAAUGACAUCAUUAUUUUUUCUAUUUUACGUUUCUCAUACUAUAUUUAUUAUUGGCGAUUCAUUAAUAACGUUAAUUAACUUU